GGUAACGUCAACAGGAAGCGCCGAGGCGGCCAGAGUUGUUUUUAAUGGAGACUGAAACUCAUGAAAAGGAGUAAACGAAACAAAACUCGAGGCUGAAGGCGAUAAAUGUCCACCGGGCAGACUAAGUUUGGAAACAGACAAUCUGCUCGACAGCUGGAACCGCCUGUUGAUCUUCAGUCCUCCUGACUGACAGCAGAAUGGACGACAUCAACUUACACUACAGAUUCCUGAACUGGCGAAGGAGAAUACGAGAGAUCAGGGAGGUGCGAGCGGUCCGUUAUCAGGAACGAUACAAACGCAUACUGGUGGACGGAGACACGCUGAGCUAUCAAGGGAACUCUGAUGAAGUUGGCUGUUACGUGGCACCCCGUUCCUUAUCGAAAGGAAACUGCUACUUUGAGGUGACAAUAGUGGACACAGGGGUGAGAGGGACCAUUGCUGUGGGGCUGGUGCCUCAGCAGUAUAAGCUAGACCAUCAGCCAGGCUGGCUUCCACACUCAAUAGCAUACCACGCGGAUGAUGGCAAGCUGUACAAUGGGAGCGCUGUGGGUCAGCAGUUUGGUCCCAAGUGCAACACACGAGACCGGAUAGGGUGCGGGAUUUACCUGGAGUCGUUCGAGACCGGACUCACGACAGUCUUCUUCACCAAGAACGGGAAAGAGGUUGGUUCAGUGGUGGUCCCCCAAUCCCCCGAUGGUCUGUUCCCCGCGGUGGGGAUGCACUCGCUGGGGGAGGAGGUGCGGCUGGACCUGCACGCGGAGUGGGGGACGGACGAGGACGACAGCGCCAUGAUGGUGGACAGCCACGAGGAUGAGUGGGGACGGCUGCACGACGUCAAGGUGUCCGGCACGCUACUGGAAUACGUGGGCAAAGGGAAGAGUAUCCUGGACGUGGGACUGGCACUAGCGCGCCAUCCUCUCAGCACUAGGUGCCACUACUUCGAGGUGGAGAUCAUGGAUGCGGGAGAGAAGUGCUACAUUGCUCUGGGACUGGCCAGGAGGGAUUACCCAAAAAACCGACACCCCGGCUGGAGCAGAGGAUCAGUGGCCUACCACGCGGACGAUGGGAAGAUCUUCCACGGCAGCGGGGUGGGGGACCCCUUCGGGCCACGCUGCUUUGAAGGGGACAUCAUGGGCUGCGGGAUCAUGUUCCCCCGGGACUACAUCCUGGACAGCGAAGAAGACAGCGAUGACUGCCUGAACUCCAUGGAGGUGAAGCCGAAGCAGAGGCGAGUGCAGAACGUGCUGUACCUGAACGACGCGGACGCGGAGGAGGAGGAGGAAGAGGAGGAGGAGGAGGGAGAAGAGAUGGAGCAGCAGCACGAUGGCAAGAAAGUCAUGGUGUUUUUCACACGGAAUGGGAAGAUCAUUGGGAAGAGGGAGGCUGUGGUCCCGACCGGAGGGUUUUACCCCACCAUCGGGAUGAUGAGCAGCGGGGAAAAGGUUGGAGUGGACCUGCAUCCCUUGAGUGGCUAAGCUCGGAUCGGACUCCGUCACUCCCCUCUACAGCAACCCAGCCAGACUCGGACUCUCACUCACUCUCUCUCCCCUCUACAGCAACCCAGCCAGGCUCGGACUCUCACUCACUCACUCCCCUCUACAGCAACCCAGCCAGGCUCGGACUCUCACUCACUAACUCCCCUCUACAGCAACCCAGCCAGGCUCGGACUCUCACUCACUAACUCCCCUCUACAGCAACCCAGCCAGGCUCGGACUCUCACUCACUAACUCCCCUCUACAGCAACCCAGCCAGGCUCGGACUCUCACUCACUCACUCCCCUCUACAGCAACCCAGCCAGGCUCGGACUCUCACUCACUAACUCCCCUCUACAGCAACCCAGCCAGGCUCGGACUCUCACUCACUAACUCCCCUCUACAGCAACCCAGCCAGGCUCGGACUCUCACUCACUAACUCCCCUCUGCAGCAACCCAGCCAGGCUCUGUGAUAGGAAUGUAUUCAAUAUUUCAGGCUGGCUUCAAAGACCCCACUUAGCUCUAACCGAAUGCUGCCAUUGGGUUGUCCAAGAUUAUUGCUAACCAGUGAAACCAGCCAUUUCAAUAUGUCAUUCAGACAGACAGAGGCUGAAGAAUAAAAUCAUGGCCAGCCGCUGGGACAGACAUUGCUGGUCCCCUCCACUACCACCGAGCAAGGCUGUGGCAGCACUGAUGCCUAGCGGCUGACACGUUGCUGAUGCUGCUGUCCUUUCACUGGACUCCUCUGCAACAGGACUGAGAAAAAAUAACAGCGAUGGCCAACGCAGCUGAGAGAUUGACACUUUCCCCAGGACUAGCCUGGCCAAGCUUUGACCCGUGACUGUGUAAAAGCAACAGGGUAAUCAGGCACCCACAUUUUUCUUACUCUGCGGGUGAGAUCUGAACACCUCAGUGCUUGAGUGGAGCGACGCGCACAAGACUGGGGAAGACGAAAUAAGAGCAGCAGAGUCUACAAACAACACAACAGCAUCUGAGACGAGGCUGUGAAACCACCGCCGGUCUGCAGAGCAAUCCAUGACCACACUGAGGCGUCGACCCCCUUCUCUCUCUCUCUCUCUCUCUCUCUCUCUCUCUCUCUCUCUCUCUCUCUGCGUUCAUGUCAAUGGAUGAGUGAUGGGGUUUUUCAGUUUUAUAGUUCAGUACUACUUGGUAGGUUUGGUGGAGGGACCUAGAAUAUGGGAUUUAAUCAUUUAACUAUGUGAAGGGUUUCCCAGCACAAGCAAUCAAGCCUUCUUCAAUAGUCUUCUAUAAAACCGACAUGCAGUUUUUAGUCGCCAAAUUCGGUGGCGUGCGGUAGGAACCAAUGCUUCAGAAUCUGUGUGCACUUGAAUCCCGUUUUUAAAAAAAAAAUUCCAGCAAGAAACUGGUUUAUAGAAUCGAUUCCUCAAACGGGUAGCUUGUUUUAACAUCAGAUUUAAUUUGUAAAAACAAAAAUAGCCAGCAGUGUGCUGUACAGCUGUGCAGUUACCAGUUCCAAUGCAUUGUAGGUUUCAGCAUUUCAAAUAAUGCUGCCCUGUGCGAGUGAGUGUAGAAAUUCAAUUAAAACUGAUGAGACAAGGGAGGAGCCCUACCAAAAAUUGACAUAGAUAGUCACAGCAGAGAAUGUACAAAUGAAUGAGUUCUGGGGUGACUGUCAUUUUUCCAGUGUGCUCCCUAUAGCUAGAGUCCAAUCAAUAUUUAAAAUCUCACUCUCCAUUAUUUUUUUAACCUUGAAAAUAUAUUUUACAAAUAGUCUAAUAAAAUAUAGUGCUAAAGGUCAGAAUAGGAAAAAAAAAAAAAACACUGACAAAUAUAAAGCUGUAUGCAUAUACAUAUAUAAUGUUAUACUGUAGGAGGGCAGAAAUAAUCACUUGGCUACUUUGCACUGCUGCCUGUGAAAAAAAAAAACUAUGGGAAGCAGCUGCUUGCACUACCACAGAGGGUGCUGUAGUGCAACAAACAGCAAUGCAUUGACCCAGUGGAGCACAACUGUGCCUUAGAUUCCAUUCCAGCCAGGACCUAAAUCACGUACCUGAAGAGUCAGUUAACUAAUGUAGGUCCUGCAUGGGACAGAAACCCUGGCCGUAGUUGUGCACGGCUGCAUUGACGGAUUUAAUACGGGCGCCACCCUUUUACAAGCAAAAAAAAAAAAAAGGGUCUCAAUUCAGAAUGGUUUGUUUUUCACAGCGGUUGUGUGAAGCGACAUUACAAAAACCCUCCUGUAUAUUUAAAAUAUAUAUUGUAGAAAUCCCUAACUUCCAGUCUGCACAAAAGAGGGCUGUAAAUACAGUAGAUUUAAACCGGCGUUGUUUAAACUAUCAGGCACAUUUUCUAUGAAAAAGGUUAGUUUAGUUCAGCUUUUGAAUUUCAUUUCAAAUGAUAACCAUGCUCGAUUCCAGCGUUUUCACAAAGCUGCAAGAUACUAUAAAAAAAAACGCUGGAUCCUCACAUCUUCGGUUGAACAUCGAGUAGAAACACUGCACAGUUUUUAGGAUUUUUAUUUUAGUUAAACCGUUUUUAAACGUUCAAACACCUUCCAGUCCGCAUACAGUAGGUGUUUACAAUGAGGAGAUGUAUUCAGCUUGCUUUCCACACCGUGGCACUUUCAAUCCAUCGUGCCUGGCUGUGGGUCAUAUGCAAAGUUUACCUUCUGAUGGAGAGAAUGAGGGGGAGGUUUUUGUAAGCAUGGUCAGACAUGCAAAUCUCUACAAACGCCUGUGUAGAUUCCUACCUGUCUGUGUGUGUGUGUGUGUGUGUGUGUUAAAGGUAGGAGUCUCAGGCUGGUGAUGCUACAACUAUUAGAAAUGUAAUUAAUGAUGACGCUGUGGCUGCUAAAACGCAUCUGAGAUGUUUUGGGAGGGCGGUGGGGCAGUACUGUAAUCAAUUCAACACUUGAAACUCGUCUAAAGUCUGGCAAACUUCCAUCCCCUGCUCUCCUCUCCUCUACGUGGCUGCUCACGGUUCAAACGGUUUACACUUAUAUUUUUAUAUAUAUCAUUUUUUGUUUUGUUUCAUGUACAGUAUUGCAAGGUUUGUGUCUGGUUUUAAAGACCCCCUCCAAACCAGCUGUACCCUUAAUAGGCAAGUCCAAGAUUACCACGAAGCAAGGAGAGAGAUGCCUGCAUUAGGAAGAUAAAUAUCUUCCUCUGAAUGCCAGUGAUGAGCAGGUUGUGUGUGAAACUUAGAGCUGCAACAAAGAGAUUUUUCAUGUUUUGAAUAUUCUUUCAGUCCUGGCUCAUCCAGUCCAGGUUAUCUUCGUGCCGUCUGAAAUCACGUUGGAACCUCACCGCAAUCCUAGGUCCCAGUCCGAGGUCGUGUAGAAAUAUAUGUGAGAAAUAUACUUGUCCUGUUUUUAAUGAAUAAAGGAGAUUCUUUUUUAAUUGUAUAACUUUGACACGACAAAAAUAAUUCAGGACUGAAAGGGUUAUUAAACUGAUUUGAAUAUCCUUUUAUUUCGAGCUGGAAAACAAAUUUGCACCAUUUUACAGUAAGAAAAAAUAAUCUCACUUAUUAAAGAAAGGAUCGGUGAACACUCAUCUCUACAGUAGAAUGCAGACCUCAUUAAUGCAUCAGUUUCCUUUGCAGGAUAUCUUUUUUGAUAUAGAAUUUAUAAAUAAUAUGUUGCAGUAGAGGCUUGUUCCCUUUUCAAGUACGAAAUGUAACCAUUACCGUAUGGGUAUUUACCUCAUAAAGAUCCCCAAACCUGAAAUAUACCAAAGCUGUUUUUUUCUCAUUGACCCCAAGCAACAGAUAUUCGGUCCCAUCCAGCCCUCUUUAUGAAAUAAAUAAUCGGAAUGUUUUGCACACUUCUGGAAAUCAGCGGCUAAAGUUGAACACGUAGGAUGAAAAUAUUUCACUCCUGCUUCGUUUUUCAAUGUUUUGUUUUAAGCUUUACAUUUUACAGGGCAAAUGUACCAAGAAAAAAUAAUGAUUUGAAAUCGUUUCCUAGUAGUCAUAGGUCUGACCCCCACUGUGGGUAACAGAAAUUGAGAUGAGAACAGAAAAGAUUAAUAGAUCUGUGAGUUUAUUCGUGUUUUGUUUAUACAAUAACCUGGAUGUGCAGCUGUGGCCAAAAGUUGAGCAUCACUCUCUAGAACGAACUCAUUUUGCUGUGAAACCUUUGCUGUGAAAAUUUUUGAAUGAAACCUGCUGAAUAAUGUUACGUUAACAUAUUGAAUUGCACACCGCUUUGUAGUUUUCCAUAUACUUCAUGAAAUACUGUACUACUAUGCUGACUUCCGGUAGGCUUUUGCGAUAUCAUUUUGUAGUUUCUUCAUUACAUGAUAAAUAAAAUGUAUAAAUAAUGUUCAUAGAGGAAGAGUUUUUUUUUUUUUUUUUUUUUUUUUUUUUUUUUUUAUGUACAUACAUACCUAAAAUUCUAGGUGAAGCAAAGUUUUUGGCCAGAGCUGCAUGUCAAUUUUGAUCUGAUUUUGAAAUACAAAGACCAACUUUGUUUUCCCCCAAAAAGAACCUUUCUUUAGUUUGUGUGGAGUGAGUUAAAAGGUGUGGUCCCAGCCAAAAGCUUUCUUCUCUUAAAUAAAAAAAAAUCAAAGAGGCAGAGAGCAAGCUGAUCGAAUGAGUCUGCAUCUGUCAUCCUGCAUAAGAUUCUGGAACCCCCCCCCCCAAACAAAAAACCACCAGUCCCAGCUCUCUUGUAUUUAUGAAAUUGCAACAGGCACUGUCCUAUAUAAAAGUGUAUGUACAUAACCAAGAUGUUUAUACAUGUUAAUAAAAGAUGGCUAUUUACACCUUAAUCUCCUCUCUGACGCCUCUCUGUGGUCAGUGCCGCUACAGUCCAGCAAGGAGCAUCUAGAGCAGGGCUGGCAAAAGCCGGCCCUUCCACUCCUGGUCUUUGGUUCAAUUAAACAAUUUAGAACAGGGUUGGAACAGUUACACCUCCAUCCAGACCCUGACGUAGUUAAUGAUAUCAUUUUACCUGUUAAACCGCAAGCAGAAUAGCCCCCCUGCCCUUGAGUGAUCCCUGGGCUUAAAAGACAGAGCUACAAAGACAGACUCAAAGCGCAGAAUCUGUUGAUCCUAGAAGAAUGAUGGAUGGGGAACAUGUUUGAAGUCUUGAAAAUCUUAAAAGGGGUUGAUAAAAGUGAACCCUACCCAAGACUUUACAAAAGACUGAUACAGAAACCAGGAUCAGGGGGACAUAGAGUUGGAAAUGAAGUGGUGUUAGCCUUAGGACAGAGGGAGGGAGGCUUCUUCACACAGAGUGGCGCAUGCAGUGAAUGGGCUACCUGGUCCUGUUCAGGCAGAAUCACUGUGAUCAUUUUACACUUCUGACAUAUUGACCCACUGCAAUUUCAAAACGCAUUGAAAACUGCCUUGAAUUGAUCAAACGUUUUCUCUUUGCAUACGUUUCUCUUCUCUCCAUUCCCCCUUCCCCCCUCCCCUUUUUUUUAAAAUUAGAAAAUGAAUCCACACAGUUUUGAAUAAAAACAAAUUUAUUAAAAUGCUAAAGCAGUAAGAAAAGGCAGACAUUAUAUACCUCUAUUAAAAAAGAAAGAAAGAAAUGAAGAAAAAGUCAGUCUUAGCCAGGUGUCCAAUAAUACUCUGGACAGACAGAUUCUCCGAAAAACACAAACAGGUCUGUUCAAGACCCCUAGAAGGUGGGGACAGGUGGUUUAUAUUAGGGCAGCUGUGCUGAUGAGGAAUAUUCUGCAGCUGCCUCUGAACCAGCUCUGGUGCAGGCUUGAGCAAACCGGAACAGAGGAGAGGUGUCAAGACAGUCCGGCCUGUGCGUUUGGAGCGGUUUGUACAAGAAGGAGACCUAGAACACACACAGCCAGGGAUGAGAUCGAUUCAGAUUUAAAAUCAAAUUUCCAAUUCCAUCAAAAAAAAAACAAAAAAAAACACAA